GCGACAUCCAGAAGCUUGUGUGGGGCGAGCGUGGCAACGUGGUUGGCCAACACAUCAUGAAGACGUUCAGGGACCACAUCCCCAAGUCGCUGCUGCCGCCCCUGGCGCUGCCCCCCCAGGAGGGCACAGACGCCGGCGUCGGGCGGAAGGUCAUCCAGGAUUUCACCGAGCGCGAAGAUGAGUUCGCGCAGUUAUAUACAUUGAAGGGCGUUGUGAUGAAGUCCCUCAACGCUGGCGUUGACAUCUUAUAUGCCACGCGCAAGUCAGACGACCGGGAGGUGGUCGUGAAGGUGCGAUCGAAGGCCACGUCCUUCAAGACCGACCGCGAGCAGCAGUGCUGGCGCAGGACCGUGGAGGUCCAGCUCAACCUGCCAAAGAAGGCGAGGGUAUGCGAGUUCUUCGAGGCGAUGGAGACGAAGGACAAGUAUUACGUGGUGAUGGAAAAGGUGGACGGCCAGGACCUCUUCGAGCAGAUGGCGCAGGAGCGGCCCACGCACGCGGACGCGCGCGAGAUCACUGGGCAGAUCCUGGCGGCGCUGGCGGGCCUGCACGGCUGCGGCCGGAUCCACAAG